UAUUUACUGGUAGUUACUAGUAGUUGCUGGUGGUUACUAGUAGUUGUCGGUAGUUACUAGUAGUUACUUGCAGUUAUCGGUAGUUACUAGUAGUUACUGGUAGUUAUUGGUAGUUACUAGUAAUUAUCGGUAGUUACUAGUAUUUACUGUUAGUUACUAGUAGUUGCUGGUGGUUACUAGUAGUUGUCGGUAGUUACUAGUAGUUACUUGUAGUUAUCGGCAGUUACUAGUAGUUACUGGUAGUUACUAGUAGUUGUCGGUAGUUACUAGUAGUUACUAGUAUUUACUUGUAGUUACUAGUAGUUGUCGGUAGUAACUGGCAGUUGCUAGUAGUUAUCAGUAGUUACUGGUAGUUACUAGUAGUUUUCCGUAGUUAAUAGUAGUUACUAGUAGUUGGUGGUAGUUACUAGUAGUUGCUGGUAGUUACCAGUAGUUACCAGUAGUUGUCGGUAGUUACUGGUAGUUGCUAGUAGUUAUUGGUAUUUACUAGUAGUUACUGGUAGUUACUGGUAGUUGCUGGUAGUUACUAGUAGUUCGUGGUAGUUACUGGUAGUUCCCCUUACUUACUGGUAGUUACUAGUAGUUGUCGGUAAUUACUGGUAGUUACUAGUAGUGGUCGGCAGUUACUUGUAGAUAUUGGUAGCUACCAGUAGUUACUGGUAGUUACUAGUAGUUGUCGGUAGUUAAUGGUAAUUACUAGUAGUUGUUGAUAGUUACCAGUAGUUGUCGGUAGUUACUAGCAUUUACUUGUAGUUAUUGGUGGUUACUAGUAGUUACCUGUAGUUAUUGGUAG